AUGUCUGGUUUUAAACGUUUAUUUGGUAUCGAUGUAGCAGAAGACAAUUUACGAAUUAUAAUAACACGUCAUGGCGAACGCGCUGAUUUAGCACUUGGACCAAAAUGGGCAAGUAAACUACAGAAAAAUGGUGGUCGUGAUCCUCGAAUAUCAUAUUUAACACCGCGAGCUGAUUUUCGUGAAUGGAAUUAUGAUCCACCAUUGACAACCGAGGGUGAACGACAAAGUACAGCUAUUGGAAGAAAAUUAUUACAUCUUGGCUAUCAAAUUGAUUAUUGUUAUGCGUCACCUGCUUAUCGAUCAAUACAAACAGCUGAUAAACUUCUUGAAAGUCAAGGAAGAAAAGGUGUACCGAUUAAUAUUGAACCUGGUUUAUUUGAAUGUCCUUCAUGGUAUGCUGGUGCACCACUUACAUUUGUUCCUCCUGAAUAUUUAGCAAUGGAUAGACAUUUUCAUAUCAAUCCAUAUUAUGAACCAAUAUAUGACAAUGUCGAUAUGAGUGAAGAAGAAGGUCGUUAUUAUCAAAGAUCACGUCAGCUUAUUGAUCAUAUUAUAAAAACACAUAAAGAUACAGGUGGUACAAUUUUAUUAUCUGGUCAUGCUGGUUCAAUUGAAACAGUAGCACGUGGUAUGCUUCGUCGUCGUGCUCGUCCCGAACGUCUUCAAUAUGAAGCUGACAAAGUCAAUUAUUGUAAUUUUGCUAUUCUUGAACGUGAUGCAUAUACAAAACAAUGGACGGUUCAUUCACCUGUAACAUUUGAAAAUCCAUAUGGUAGACAACGAACAAUUCAAAGUUCUAUACCACUUUACAGAGCCACAUCAGAACAUUUACCAACUCAUCAUAUAAAAGCUUCUCUAUCUUUCGCAGAUUAUUCAGCUAUAAACACUGCACCUCGUCGUUUCCAUCGUCAUCGGUAUCGUUAA